AUGACCCGAGGAGAUUUAAGUCAACACCAGCAGUCUGUCCAUGCUGCUGCAAGUCACAAUGGCAGAGUGAAGAUGGGGGACUGGAACUUCCUUGGGGGGAUUUUGGAGGAGGUUCAUAUCCAUUCCACUAUGGUAGGCAAGAUCUGGCUCACCAUCCUGUUCAUCUUCCGUAUGCUGGUCCUCGGGGUGGCAGCUGAGGACGUAUGGAACGAUGAGCAGGCUGACUUCAUAUGCAACACUGAGCAGCCUGGAUGCAGGAACGUGUGCUACGAUCUGGCUUUCCCCAUCUCCCUCAUCCGCUACUGGGUGCUGCAGGUCAUUUUUGUGUCUUCUCCCUCACUGGUUUACAUGGGCCACGCUCUCUACAGGCUGCGGGCCCUGGAGAAGGAGCGGCAGAAGAAGAAGGUACUGCUGCGGAGGGAGCUGGAGUUGGUGGAUGUGGAGUUGGCAGAAGCCAGGAAGAGGAUCGAGCGGGAAAUGAAACAGCUUGAUCAGGGGAAGCUUAAUAAAGCUCCUCUGAGGGGUUCCCUGCUGCGUACCUACGUGGCUCACAUUGUCACCCGCUCUGUCGUUGAAGUGGCCUUCAUGACAGGCCAGUACCUCCUUUAUGGCUUUCACCUCUACCCACUCUUCAAGUGUGAACGGGAUCCUUGUCCCAAUUCUGUAGAUUGUUAUGUUUCCAGACCAACAGAGAAAAGUGUCUUCAUGGUGUUCAUGCAAUGCAUUGCUGGAAUUUCCCUCUUCCUAAACAUCUUGGAGAUCAUGCAUCUUAGUUACAAGAAGAUCAAAGAGGGCAUCUUGGACUUGUACCCUCACUUGAGAGACGAGAGAGAUGAACUUGAUGACUACUCUGUGAAGUGUAAAAAAGAAUCUGUUGUGCAAAUAUGUGCUGCCCGAAGGGUAACAAUUGCCUCUGCACCUGGUGACUACAACCUCUUGACGGAGAAGGCACAGGGCAUUUAUCCAAGCCUUAUCAAACCUUCAACUUUUCAACCCCAGGGUGAGCUGGCCAAUCAGCAGGAUUUGGAGGAUUCCAGAUGUGCAGCUCAAAGACCCCCAGAUUAUAACUACACCUUGACUACCAAGGAGCCCUGCUCUCCGUGCUGUGACUCCCCGAUUAAUCCAACGCAGGAGGCUGAGGACUUUUUGCAUUUCCCCUCACACAGUAAGGAGGAGAACAGCAGUAGAAGAGAUAGCCUAGACUCUCCAAAAUGCCAACAUAGGGCAGCUCACACUUCCUCCUUCCCCACGCUGCCAGUCAGUGCAUCGAAGAGGCCAUGGAAGGCUCAUAGCUCUUUCAUUUGCUCCACUGUGUUGGAGGGUAAAAGCUCUGACACAGAUUCAUAUGGGGUUGCAAAAGCCAGUAGUGGACCUCCCUCUCCAACACAGUCAAAAUUAGACACCAGCCAUCAAAGCCGGCCCUCCACCCCUGAGUCACUGGAGGACUCCAGCUCAGGAUCCAUGUACAAUUCCAGACCACCUUCUUCCAACUGCAAAACAUCGAUGGCAAGCAAUACAAGCAGCAGACGAGCGUCAGACCUGCAAAUCUAA